UUCACCGUAAAGAAAUGGGUGGUGCUGAAAGUUUAUUUCAUCUUUGUCAUUAUUAUCCACCAUGCUCUGAGCCAGAGUUAACCAUAGGAACUAUCAAGCACUCAGAUGCUAGCUUUGUUACAAUACUUUUGCAAGAUCAUAUUGGUGGCUUACAAGUUCUUCAUGAUAAUCAGUGGAUUGAUGUAACUCCAACUCAUGGAGCUCUAGUGGUCAACAUUAGGGAUCUUCUACAGGUGAGAGUAUCUUCAUUCAGUUCCAACAAUUUUUCAAAAUUUGCAACCUAGUCCCUUAAUAUAAAAAUUAUAUUUUAGUCCCUACCUUUUGAAUCAAGUAUAAUAAGAAUUUGAUUUGAUUAUUAGAUGGCAUAGAUUUUUGGAAUCAAAUAUCUAGUUGCUUUGUUAAAUCCAAGUUAUGACAAUAAUUCAGUUGUCCUUUUAUGCAAAGGAUCCUAGGAAACAAACAAAGAUAGCUCUUCCUUUCACCUACUCCUCUUCAAUCCCUUUGACUUUGUUUUGAACCCAUCAAAGUUUUUUCCAUUUCAAAAUUAUCAGAGAUUACCUCAAAUUGUUAUGAUGGCUACAAUCACAAGUGAUGAUUUAGCAAAAAAUGCUCAAAUUUAUGACAGAAAAAGUGAACUAAAAAAAUUUGAUGAGUCAAAGGUUGGUGUCCAAGGACUUAUAGAAAAUGGAGUAACAAAAGUUCCUCAUAUGUUCUACUAUGAUCGAUCUAAUAUUGAUGAUUUUUCAGUCAAUGAAUCAAAUCCAAAGCAUGGUAUCCCCACAAUUGAUUUAGCAGGAAUUCAUGAUGAUCCUGUUUUGCGAGACGAAGUUGUGAGAAAAGUUCAAAAUGCUUCUGAGAAAUGGGGAUUCUUUCAAGUUACAAAUCAUGGAAUUCCAACACAUGUUUUGGAUGAGAUGAUCAAAGGAGUUUGCAGAUUCCACCAACAAGAUGCCAAGGUGAGGAAAGAGUAUUACACUCGCGAUUUCACUAAAAAAGUUGUUUAUCUUUCCAAUUUUACUCUUUACCAAGACCCAUCUGCUGAUUGGAGGGAUACUAUUGGAUUUUUCAUGGCACCUCAUCCUCCUAAAGUUGAAGAGCUACCAACAAUUUGCAGUGAUAUUGUGAUUGAAUACUCAAAAGAAAUAACGGCGCUUGGUUAUUCUUUGUAUGAGUUACUGUCAGAGACUCUUGGCCUUAAUCGCUCCCGUCUUAAAGAAAUAGGCGCCGCUGAAAGUUUUUUCCAUGUAUGUCACUAUUAUCCACCAUGUCCGGAGCCAGAGAUAACCAUAGGCUCUAGCAAACACACAGAUGCCAGCUUUAUUACUAUACUUUUGCAAGAUCAUAUUGGUGGUUUACAAGUUCUUCAUGAAAACCAGUGGAUUGAUGUGCCUCCCUGUUGGAAUACUUGAAAUGAUGACAAUUUGGAGAAAGAGUUGGAAAGAUUUAUUGACAUUAAAAGAGCAAUAAAUGAACACAAGUAAGAGCUAAUAUGGAGAUGAAUUUGAAAAGGUUCAUUUUAAGUCUCACAUUGGAGGGAACACAAAUAUUAGUAGUGUAUAUAUAUUCCAACUUGAACAAUUGUUGUUGGGCCCAAGGGCACCUACAAUUUUAUAAAGGAGUGAAGACACACCAAUGUGCCAAGAAGACACGCGCGCCGCCGCCGUUCGUCCGGCCGGCUCGGCUUGGUCUACAUGAAUUAAUUUUUUGGAACCCGAAUUAAUAGAAAUUAAUUAUCAUUGAAUAAUUAAUUAAUUCGGUAAAAAUUAAAUACUAUUAAAUAAGAAAUUAAUUAAUAUUUAAUAUUUAACCUAGAUUUUGACUAGAUUACUUGUCCUCCAAGUUUGCUGACCAAGUAAAUAACGACUACAUUGACUGGGCCGGUUCAACUCUCCCGCUAUAUUUUCGCCCACGUUUUGGUCCACUCGGUUGGAUACUUUUUACCAAUAAAUACAUUUCUUUCGUUCAUUUGUUUUGCACUCCAGAAUUCACAACCGAAUUCUCUCCUCUCUUCCUUACUCUACUUCAUCUUACAAAAAUUAUUUUCUGUUUUCGACUGGAUUUAUUCCAGAU